GUACGCAGCGCAUGAUGGUGGCCAGUGCAAUGAAGCAACUGAAAAUUCGCUACGAUGCACACGUCGACCGACUGCUGAGUGCGACGUGCCCAGAGGAUGGCGAGGAAGACGACGUGAGUUCUCCCGUUGUGGUUUGUGAGUCGAUUUCAAAAGACGCGUUUCGAAAGUGGGAAGACAAACACGAAGGCGAUCUUGGACGGUGGGAGUACGUUCCGUUGGAUGCCCAUUUUGGUCGCAUUGAAAUCGACAGUUUGACGACUGCUGUACACGCAGAAGCAGGGGGGUGUUUGUACAGCAUGAUUCUGGAGCAAGUGCUAAAUAUUGGAGGUGUUCGCAUGGUCCACACACUGAAGGAUCGGCCAUCCCAAACGCAUGACGUGGGAGAUAGACCUCAGCGCGCAGAUCGCACGAUGAGCGGCAGGCUGUCGGCCAACACGUUUCCGAAUGUCGUCAUUGAAAUUUGCUACUUGAAUGGCUCGUGGGAUGCUCUCGUGGCAAAGUUGCAUCGCUGGCUUGGCCCUCAAACGACUGUUCAAGUCGCCAUUGGAGUCCAAGUGUGCACGGUGCGCCGCCGUAUCAUUGUGCUUCGUCGAGGAGAUCCUCCGAUGGAGCAAGUGGUCGAUUUUGAUGUCGAGUCCCAUGCGAUGAUUCCACCAGCAACCUUUCCCUCGUUUCCCCUGCAUUUGAUAUACCACAACGGCCCACUCCCUGCUCCUCUUGUGUAG